AUGGCUCCUAGCCCCGAGGGGAACGAUGCUGCUGCCCGUCGUGCCAAGAAGCGCGAGCUCGACCGCCGGUCCCAGCGCGCGGCGAGAGAGCGAACCCGGACUCGCAUUGCACAUCUGGAGGCCACCGUUCAGGCCAUGGCACAGCAGGAAUCGAGCGGUACCAUCGCAAGUCUCAUGGACCAGCUCGUCGAAACGAGACGCCAAAGGGAUGAUCUGUCUAGAUUGGUCUCCUCGAUCGAGACGAGCGUUCACGCCCACCGGGAAGCUGAGAGAGUCGCGGCGGAGGGCGCCGAACAACCACAGCCGCCCCAAAGCAACACGCAUGGGGAGCAGUGGCCCGGAAUAGACGAGUCGGCUCUCCUGCAGACGCAAGCUCUGCCGAUAGAGAUGCUCUCACCAAGCGCCAUCAUGGACCUGACGCCCCUUCCGUCCGGUGACGUCUUUGGCCUCCCUACUGCUGACUUUCUGGAUCACAUACCAUCCCCAGAAGCUGAAUCGCUUCGACAUGGUGAGCUCGCCGAACUUGAGGCACCCCGGGUUCCUGAAUUCGUCAUUGUGCCAGAACCAGACAAGCCAUGCGACUGCACUUCGCCUGGCGUGCUACCAGGUCGGUCUCCGUCUUCCAACCACAGCAUCUGGCGCACGGCCAAUGAGGCCCUCAGCAGUCCAGGGCUUCUGCCCGUCCAGACCUUGCGGCACGAAGACGGCCUCGGCGAGGACGUUCCAGUUCAGGUCAUCUUGGAAGGUUGGGACGCGGUCGAAAGCGCCCGAAAUGUGCCGCCGCUUUGGAGAAAGCUGCGCCGGACAGACGAGCUUCAGUUCAGCAGCUGCGGCAAGGUGGAGCGGUUGGCGAUACUGUUGCUGAUGCAUACGCUCCUGAGAUACCAAGCGGAGCCCACGGCGGAUCAGUAUGCGAAACUGCCGCCGUGGUAUCUGAGCAGACCGUCGCAGUCAUUGCCGCACUCGUCGGCCAUUGACUUUUUUGUGUGGCCCGGCGUUAGAGAGCGCUUCGUAUUCUCGCAGCACCAGUACUGCUCCGACUUUUUCUGGAAGGUAUUCGCGGACAACUUUCGGCUGCUGUGGCCGUUUGAGCUGCGGGACUGUUACAGGCGGAACUUGCGGACAGGGCUAUAUAGCAUCUCGCCCGACUUUUCCGAACGUAUACGUGAUAUCCAGGCCUGGGCGAUGGCGCCGGACUUUUUUGUGCACUUUCCGGAGAUGUAUGCGGACAUUCCCGUCUUUCAAUCUGUUCCAGCAAGUGUGCCGUCGUAUUGGAGGGGCGGGCGGUCGAACGAAGGGCAGAGUUCUCGGCGCCUCAUGGCGAUCGACUAUCAGGACGGGGAUGAAGUCGAGAGUGCUCAGGGUGACGGGCAAUUCGUCCGAGAGCAAAAUGUACAGAGGGGGGCGAGUCUCUGGCCAUGA